CAUUGUUCACGCGUUCACGCGUGGUCUCCCUUCAUCCUGACUGUCCACGUCCGAUAUGGAUAGCUAUAAAAGCUAUAGAAGCCGAUUAACUGCCCACUGACGACAACCAUGUUACUCACAGACCUCCCCAGUAUGAAUUCAUAGUAUCCUUGAGCAUGUUACCAGAAAUCAAACACAACGGCUUUCAAAGGCUUGUACUCAACUCGCAAAAGUCACCAGAGAUAAAGGAGUAUGGCUGCGACUACUGCGACGACAAGAACGGAAAAUACCACUUCCUCCUAAUCUUCGCCAUGACAGUCCCUCACAAAUUGAUCUCUCAUCUACGGCGUUGGAAGAUAUUGUUACUUCCAACAAUCUUGUAGAUGAGCUCUGGUCUCUUCCACGACAAUCUGGAUUCCAUAUGCUGCAACCGAGAGUAAGAAGCUGCCUGCUUGGAUUGGAAGUGUUCCUCGAUCGAUGGGUUCUUGCUAUUUAUGCGGAUGGGUUUCUCAAUGUUUGGGAUCUAGAGGGAGAGGGACAAAGCAGAUGGGCUAACACGACCAUCCAUCCCGACCAAUGCGCCUCUUAUACCUCGACGUUUGACACCACAAGUCUGCGAGUAACAUUGGCGGUAGUGGCAUCUAGGAUACUGCCUGCAAUUAGUCGAAAAGCAAUGGUAUACGAAAUCCAGUUGUCUGAAACAUGCGCUCCUACUUUCAACGUCAUAUGCGUCUUCCCACUGUCAGCAUCGUCCAGCACAGCUCGCCGGUUAGACGUUUCUAAAGGCCUUCUGGCCUUCUCCCAGCUUUGCACGAUCUCCCUCUUCCGCUGGCCUUCAAAUCAUCGUGACGAUAUAUUCGAGUCCGAUUCGUGCAAUAUUCGUACAUAUCAAGAGGAACGGGAAGAGAUGUACACAACGAUACACACACUCGAGUUCGUGGGUCCCUAUAUAUUGGUAUUAAAAACACGCUCUGUCGAGAUCCACCCUAUUCCCCCACAAUUCUGCAACACCAACACCCCUUGCACCCUACCGACAUUGAGACACCACUUUCGAAAAUACAGCUUUCGAGACUUUUGUGUCGCACAAGUUGAGAAGAACGGAGACGACACUUAUGUCGUUAAAUUUCUCGCAUCUGAUGUCAUCCAAGGCCUGUUCUUCUUCUCUUCGACCAUCACAAUCCCUUCGAAUCCUCUAGAAGAGCCCACGCUUCACGUCGAUCUGGUGUAUAUCCAUUCUAUGAUUCCUAGCAUCCCAGUCCGUCGUCUCAAACAAAACGAACACGCCCUUCAACCCUCUGACGAGGCCUCAGGCUCUUCCGGGCGUCUCGUCUUGAACACCGGACAUGUACGCUCCCCGUUCUUCGUCAGUGCAUUCGCGAUGGGACCCCAGGGCAUGCGUGGAGUGUGGAUUGAGAGAAGAAGGGGAACGAUGGCUAAACAUAUCGUUACUUGUCGAUUUACGACUGAAACAGAAGAAGAGGGGGAAGAGCUUCUUGGUGAUUCAGAGGCCGAAGCUGGUUUAGCGGACGCUCCAAUUCUUUUGGAUGGACGUGUUGUUCAUACGUUGAAAUCCCCUGAUCUUAAUGGUACUGGCUUUCUCGUUCUCGCUAUCCGAUGUCCUGGCUGACGUUGAUCCCACCUUCUGGUUUUGGUAGAGGAUUUGAUGCACUGUGCUCUUGGGGAAGUAGGUGGUAUUAUUGUUGUGGGAAAUCGGUCAGGGGAUGUACUACUGUUAGAUAUUGGGGUUUAAACACGUCGGACUUAGCCAAUGGAUGACUGCAUUGAAACCUUGAAAACCAUGCCCGG